GACACCUGUCAGUCAAUUGUCAAACUUAAAACUGUCAAAUAUUUUGUUACCAUUUUUACGGUUCCUGUGCAAGUUUUACCAUUUUCAUGGUAUAAAUGCCAAUGAUUUAAGUGUUUUAAUCGUUUAAUAAAGCAUUCUUAAUAAUAUCUAAUCAGUGCAAAAACAUUGACAUGCCACUGUUCGUAUGAACAAAAUUUAGCUCACUGGACUUCUUCAUUCAUCUUCAUGUUGACUUUGUGCCAUAACUAUUUUCGUGUAUUUCCUAAUAAUAAAAACAACAAGGAAUCCACCCAGAAUGUCAGCAAGAGAAAAUUCGCUUUCGGUGUCUUUGUUUUAUUUUUGGUGGUGGUUCUAUGGGUCGCAUCAUCAGAACUGACAAAAUUUAUAUAUGUUGAAAAGAAAUUGGACAGACCAUUCCUUGUGACCUAUGUGCGGAGUUCUAUGUUAUUUGUCUACCUAUUGGUGCUGUGUUUUGCGCCUCCCACAAGGGACCCCUGUCGACCUGCCGACUACACUCAACUGUUAGAGCCGACAGCUGAAACAGACGAUGAGAAUUAUUUCACCGAGUCUACUAAUAGCUUGAAGGGGGACUCGACUUUUGUGCCCGUCAGAGCAGGGGAGACCACUGACAGUGACGAUGCAGCGCCUAGAGCUGUUCGGUUCAACAAAGUGGCUGAGGUGCGAGUUAUGUCCGCUGCGAUGGCGGGCGAGGCGCUACUAGCGCGGCUAUCGUGGGCGGCGUCAGUGCGCGCUACAGAAUAUGCGCAGCGCAGAGCAGCCGCCGCGGCUACACGGAGGCACCUCAAACUGGCUGUUUUGUUCUGUAUACCAUGGUUCAUAUCAAACUAUUUGUACCGGCUGAGUAUCUUGUACGGGCCGGCGAGUUCGGCCAAUAUCUACACUUCUACAACCGCAUCACUAGCGCUGUCAUUCGGCGCUGUGUUCGCACAAGCGCCCACUGACAGACUGUCGCUGUCAAAGUGCGUGUCAGUGCUGCUGACUGCCGCGGGACUGGUAGUUUUGGGCAUAUCAGAGAGCCAUACGAACAGCUGGAAGGCGGUGCUGGCUGCGCUGGGCUCAGCCGUGUUCUACGCCGUCCAUUUGUUGCUCUUCCGACGGGAGCUCAGGAAAGGAGACGGGAUCAAUUCACCGCUACUUGUUGGUCUAGUGGGGUGCGCGAGCGGCUGCCUCGUGUGGCUUUUAGGCGCGGCGCUGGCGGCGGGCGGGGCGGAGCGAGCGGAGCUACCGCCGGCGCGGCUGUGGAGCUGGCUGCUGCUCGACGCCGCGCUCGGCCCGCUGCUGCUCGAGUCGCUGUGGCUGCUUGGCCGGUCGUUCACCAGCACAGUGACAGCAACCAGCAUGCUGGGCCUAGUUCUGCCGCUGGCGGUGUGCGUGGAGGCCUAUAGCGGGCGCGGCUCCGUCUGGGCCGGCGCGGCGGCGGCUCUGGCGGCCGCUGGCUGGGCGGCAGCGGUGUUGGAACUACCGCGGCCGAGGCCUGUGAGCUGGCUGACGAACCGGUUGCGGGCCGCAGAGGGAUUCUCAGCAAUAAGGAACAUCUCCGACUUGGACGAGCAGUCAGAAGCGCUGAUGUCAUCAGACGAGCCGACGUAGCAACUGCGAACGCUCGCUCGGCUCGGUCUGACUCUGGUCUUAGUGUAAGGACUGUUAGUGCGCGCUCACGCCGCCGCGAACGUUCCGCGAGCGUUCGCGGCGUGUCACACCGUCACUUGAUAGAUGCACACGAUUUUUUGUGGAAUUACGUUACAAUUUAGACGAAGAACAAUUUGCACUGCUCGCUCACUUCCCGCUAAUUUUGAAUUAAAAUGUCAAUUUGAUCGAAAGGUGAAACGUGAUUGAUCUUAGAAUUAAAAUCUCUCAACAACUAAAAAUAUGAUUGAGAGAACUAUUAUGAGGCAUGUGAUUCAACAAAUACUUUUAAAGUCCCUUAAAUUAUUUUACAAAAUGACUUGAACACCUUUCGACACCAAUUCCAUAGAAUAUAGAUGUAAUUCUAGUAGAAAAUUGUUAAUUGCCGUGGCUUGCAAGCCUUUAGCAGCAACUUGUAUUUAUUGAAAACAAUCAUUCCUAUAACACCGAUUUAAAUAAAAUAACUUAAAUAAAUUAGAAAUAAAGAGUUCGUGUAGUGUGACUUGUUUCAACGUUCUUCUACAAGUAUUUUCAAUACACUUUAAAACAUCAAACAAAAAUACCAAUCACGUAGAUAGAAGAGAAUAGAAAACUUAAUAUAAUUACCAUUGGUAGUGUAAUUGAAAUAACUUAAAAGUACGUCCUUAUGAAACUUCCUUUUGUUUUAUUAUCAUGAAAGUUAACUUCUAUCAGUAACCCUUAGGUCACACACAUAGCUAUAACAUUCAUAGACAGAGUAAAUUCU